UGACAGGAUGGCAACCUGGUGCAGAAAAUGCAUAUUUCUGAAACCAAAAUUGGAGAAGUUAGCUGCUGAAUUUGAUACCAAGAUGAAAUUCUACUACGUAGAUGUGAACAACGUGCCUCAAUCGUUGGUGAAGCGUGGAAACGUAUCAGUAUGUGAAUUACAUUUUGAGUUUUUCAUUGCAUACGUAAGCCUUCUUGGUAUGAUGGAAUGAGAUGAGGAUAGGAAUGAAGUGAUUUUUUUUUUUGUAUUUUGCGUUCCAUCAUUGCCUUCAUUUCAUUGCACCAAGUAAAUGAAUCGAAGUAGGAAUCACAUUUUAUUCCAUUAUACCAAGAUAGCAGUUACUUUGCUUAAUUUGAUGACUAACAAAGACUUGAUUUUUUGACUGCCCCCCUCGUGAAGAAAAUGCCGACAAUUCAGGUUAGAGCUCACACAAGUAGUAGUAGUAUUGUCCCACUAAAAAUGAAACGUUUUCUAAAAUGGAAACAACAUCAUCUCUAUCUUUUCCUCUCUCUUCAUUUAGUCACAAAACAACACUACAUAAAAAAUCUCGUGUUGAAAGCCAAAUGUUUCAUAUUUAUUGGGACGGAAGGAAGAUGAGAUAUACUCCUAUGUUGUGUUGUUUUGGAUUGUGAAAGAGGUGUUUUGGGCAGCUGUGGAAAGAUGGGGAGAUGAAGGCGGAAGUGAUAGGUGGGCACAAGGCAUGGCUUGUCAUUGAAGAAGUCAGGCAGAUGAUACUUGACUUUGAGUAAACCAAUCAAUCACAAACCAUUUUUACUGCAUUUUUGCUUUUAAUUACUUGUAAAUUUCAUGUAAAUACUUCCAUUAAACACCCCCAAUAUCAAUAUGAUCUAUAUUGUAUAACAAGAGAGUGGAUUGGAGAACAUAGAAAAAUACAUUCUGAUCAAGCAGUUGUUCGCACAAACACACUUUCUCAUCAAAACAUUGGCAAUUCGGCCCAAGAAGCCAACACUACGUGCACCCUAUGCGUUUUAAAACAAGAUUCAACUCAAGUAAACGAGCACGAGCAUAUUCCAACUGCAGAAUCAUACAUGCACAGCACAACACACACAUAACUCACGUUUGUCGGUAAAGAGUGUAGAGUGACCAUUGCACUACGACUCUCUGGUCAUCAUGUUCCAUGGCGCCAGCUGCGGCGAUUUUGAUUUUCAAUAUUGGGCGGGAAAAUGAAUUUUUUUUAUGGGAAUAAAUUGCUCAGCUGAGCCUCAAUUCAUUUGUAUUUUUCCAUAUUUUUUAAUGUUGCAUUUUUGACUUACCGUAAAUAGAAUUAAUCUCCAAUAACUUCCAAUAAAAAAUGAGGCAUGUCUAGAAAUUUAAUCAAACCAAAAUACUUGUAGUAUUUGAACAUUUGGUGUUGUGUGUAAGCGGUUUAUAAGAAUUUGUAUGCGUGUUUGUCGCUAAAACAAAACAGAAAAAACAGAAAAACUCACAUCUUCUUUCCCUCCAUUUUCUGCUCCUCUUUAAGGUUCCAUCUCUUGAUUCUUCAUCGUGAUUUCAUGUUUUCUGAAUGAAAAUCAAUGUGUUAAGCUUCCUCAUUUUCUUACAUGUCACAUGUUGUAGGAAGGAAUAUAGGGUCAUAACAUAAGAGAUAGCAAAUGUGGGCGUCGACAUCAACGACGUUUGCGUAAGCUAAACAUAUCCAUCCACCCUCGGAUUUGUAGAAUGUUGUGUUGCGGAGGAGCAGAGGAGGAGCCUAAUCCUCCGCCCGUAUCCACUGCUCCGCCUAAGGCCGGUAUUCCCUUUGCUGGCGCCGGUGGAGGCAAUGGCAGAGGAGAGCCGAGGUCUGGUGCGAGAAAUGGGAAACCGCAGAAAGCGUUGCCUAUCGAAAUACCAGCAUUGUCAUUGGGUGAGCUGAAUAGGCUGACUAGUGAUUUUGGGACAAAGGCCUUGAUAGGAGAGGGCUCCUACGGCCGCGUCUACUACGUCAAGCUCAGCGACGGCCGUGAAGCAGCCAUCAAGAAGCUCGACACCACGUCAGCCGAGCCAGACUCUGACGACUUCCCAGCCCAGGUAUCUAUGGUGUCCCGGCUCAAGAACGAGUAUUUCUUGGCACUGCUCGGGUACUGCCUCGAAGAAAAUACGAGAAUUCUUGCCUACGAGUAUGCUACAAUGGGAACUUUACAUGAUGUGUUGCAUGGUAGGAAAGGGGUGCAAGGAGCUGAGCCUGGGCCUGUUCUAACAUGGAAUCAGAGAGUGAAGGUUGCACUAGGGGCUGCGAAAGGGCUAGAAUUCCUGCACGAAAAGUGUCAGCCUUCGAUCGUUCAUCGCGAUGUUAGAUCAAGCAACGUGCUUCUGUUUGACGAUUUCGUUUCCAAGAUUGCUGACUUCAGCACCAGCUCGUCCUCAGACACGGCGGCCAGGCUGCACUCGACACGAGUCCUUGGAACAUUCGGCUACCACGCUCCAGAGUACGCGAUGACAGGGCAGAUAACUCAGAAAAGCGAUGUCUAUAGCUUCGGGGUCGUGCUUCUCGAACUCCUCACUGGAAGGAAGCCAGUAGACCACACCAUGCCUAAAGGCCAGCAGAGUCUUGUCACUUGGGCAACUCCAAGAUUGAGUGAAGAUAAGGUGAAGCAAUGUGUUGAUCCCAAGCUACAAGAUGAGUUUCCACCAAAGGCUAUUGCUAAGAUGGCUGCUGUCGCAGCGCUUUGCGUGCAGUAUGAAGCAGAUUUCCGGCCAAACAUGACUAUCGUGGUGAAGGCAUUGCAGCCGCUUCUAAAUGCUAAACCAGCUGCACCCGAUUCUCAUGCGUAAAAACUGCAUUGAUGCAACAUACAUAAGUGUAACACUAAUUAAGUUGUUCAUCUCCUUGAAAGAAUCCUAUGUAACAAUAGUUGCUGCUUCAGUAGUGGUACGAUGUAACACCUCGCACGCAGAUGAAUCUAUGGUCGUUGUUAUAAACCAAAAAAGUUUAGCAGACAUAAUG